UAAAUCUACCAUCAACUGUAUUGGCGAAAGCAAAAAGAACGAAGAAAUAUAUCAUCAUAUAUCUCUCUCCACUCCUCUAUCUCUAAUGGCUAAUAAGCUUUUGUAUUAUGUAAUUUUGGGCAUGUUUUUGUUGUUUACAAUGUCACGAGUUUGGUGGGAAACGGCGAACAGACCACAAGUUUUCAGACGAAAACAAUGGCUUGAAAAGCUUUUCGAAUCUGGAUUUGCAUGUCUUCGCGUUGGAUUCCAUGAAGAUCAAAAAUACUUUAGGUCUUAUUUUCUUCAAUAGAUAGUAAAUUAAAAUUUAAUCCGGAGUCCGUGUGUAUAUUUCCCUGACGGAAAUUUAUUUUUAAGUAGUGUUCUUAUGAUUUGGUCGGGCUUUCUUCCAAAUGAAGGCAUUUAUGUGCUCAUAUAUGACAAAUCCAUGGAAACGGGUCACUUAUGGAUCCGGGUCGGGCACAGAAGUCCAAUAGCUUAGCCCAACAAAUACAUA